AUGGGUUUGUGCUUUGUUCCAGACUGUAAACAUUACAGUUCAAAGCAUCCAUAUUUAUGUUUUAAAUUUUUUUUUUUUUACAAAAGAAAAGAUAGAGAUCCAAGUGAAUUUGCAAAAGUGUGCGAUGGUCACUUUUUAAAUAAAGUAAAAAAGAAUGGGCCAACUGUAUUUGAUUUCAGUAUUCAGAAGAAGUUAAAUAUAAAAUCAUCAGAAAAAAGGAAGCGAACUGUAAAAAACCUUGUGUCCGAGCCACUACCAGGACCUUCAACCAAACUACUGCCAGGGUCUUCAAAACGAGAUCAUGAAGUGACUCAAAUUAAACUUGAUGCUUUACUCCUGAUUCCGUCAUCUGCAUUUCAAGAUGCCGAGAAUUACUUUUUGCGACAGCAAGUGGUUGAAUUAACUGAGAAGCUGGAAAAGUUAUCAACAAGGUUCAGCUAUGAAAUUGUGAAGAACAAAGAUUAUAAUGUACUAAUGUAUACUGAUAUUCCAACCAAUGAGCUGUUCAUGGCUCUUUUUGAACCAAUGGACAGCAUUAAAUUAAAAUAUUCUGGAUGGAAUGUUCAGAUCAUUCCUAAAAUUGAUCAACUUAAUCUUUCACAUGAAGAUUUGAGUAUUAGAUUUAGUUGUAGUACAGCUGCAGUGACCAAUAUUAUAAUGACGUGGAUUUAUGCUCUACAUGAAGUCCUUUUCAAUAAUUUGAUGAAAACUAUACCAUCAAGACAACGGAAUCAGGCCUACCUCCCUAUUGCUUUUACAAAUUUUAAAAAUUGUAGGAUAAUUUUGGAUUGCACCGAAAUUUAUUCAGCAGUUCCAGCAAGUACGUAAAAUCAAAGAUAGACAACACUGAAACACAGAAAAUGUUGGCAGUUGUUGUACCAAAUGGUGUAAUCACUUUUGUUAGCAAGGCUUAUCCAGGGUAUACAUCUGAUAAAAAAAUUGUUAAGGAGAGUAAGAUUCUAGAUCAGA